AUGGAUCCAGUGGGAGUCAAUGUGAUAGAAACGGCAUCUCUUGGAAGACCCUUCCAGCUGGGCAUGUUAUAUGACUGCAGAAAGGAUGCACUAAUACCAGCCCCGAGUUUAGGGCGAUGUUCACUGAGAACCUCAGACAGCCAGGGGGAAGAUGGGGUGGUGUGUGCUGGUCUAGACGACAGAAUCAGACUUUGGAAUAAAGAGCAACUGCAGCAGAAUAUUUACACUUGUCCUCAAAUUAAUACAGCAUUCAAUGUCACAGCUUCAGACUCCUUUCAGGACAAAUCGAAAUUGCUAAAUAUUGAUGGUGGACUUAAACUGAGUUUUUUAGGUGAUCUCAUCCAUGUUAGUGGAGCAGCAAAGUAUCUUAGAGACACAAAAACAUCUUUCAGACAGCAGAGACUAACGCUACAUUAUCAUUCAACAAGCCGAUUUGAAGAAUUGACUUUGAACUAUUUGCCUUUUAGAGAUAUGGCUGAUGAUGAUCUUGAUAUAGCCACCCAUGUGGUGACAGCAAUCCUAUAUGGAGCAGACGCCUGCUUUGUGUUUGACAGAGAAGUUUCUUCAGAUGAGGACAAAAGCAAAGUAGAAGGAGAAGUAAAAGUGGCUCUUGAGAAACUGCAGGGUGCUGUUUCAAUAGAUGCAAAUGCUAAUCUAAAUAUGGAUCACAGUCAGCAAACUGCAGUCAAAAAAUUCACAUGUACAUUUUAUGGUGACUUUCAGCUGCCAUCUAACCCAGCGUCUUUUGAAGAUGCUUUGAAAGUUUUCACUGAUCUUCCAGAACUGCUGAAAGAUAACCAAGAGCAGACGAUUCCACUGAGAGUUUGGCUUUUCCCUCUUAACAAGCUUAACAAAAGAGCUUCAAAACUUCAUAAAGACAUCCGCAUGGAUCUUAUCAUUAAGAUAGAAUCAGUGAUUGAGAGUUUAAAUACAACUGAGAUGAAAUGCAGUGAUCUUCUGAAAGACUCGCCUGCUCAGACGUUUGCUGCAUUUCAUGAUACAAUUCUAAAAAUGAAGCAAAACUGCUGCAUGUACAAGUUGAGACUCAUGAAGAAUCUCGGCUCUUUGCUGCCAAACAUCCGUGGAGACGUGAUGAAGGAAACUGCACUGAUUGAUCUUCUACAGGAACAUGCCGCGUCUCCAUUCAGAAGACGGGAUCUUUCACAUUGGCUAAAAGAGAGAGAAAGAGAGUCUGAGAUCAUAAAAGCAGUCCUCAGACAGCUGAAGGAUUAUGGUGCACAGGUGGAAGUCAAAAUAGAUGCCAUCUUGAUGGAUCUGGAGGUUGGGAAUCUGGUCAGUUACACAUUCACAUCAUUGAAACACUCAGAUGUGCUUUUUCUUCAACAAACUGCCUUUCUGAGUCCGUCAGCACAAGGAGAAACUGAAGAGAAGAGCCUUGAUUCCAAGCAAACACAUUGGCUCACUCCUGAGAUCAAAAAGUCUAUGAGGAGUUAUUUGGAGAUAUUUAAGAACUUAAUUGAUUCAAAGGACCGUAAACCAGCCAAGUUUAUUGUGUCCUCAAAGGAAAUGGAGGAUAAUCCUGGUUCCUGCAUUCUUCUGUAUGAAAAUGGAUGUGAUAAAGCUCUCUGCUUUAUUCCUCCAUCCAAACCAGCCUGUCCAGUCACUGAAGAGGUCAAAGGUCAGAGUAUGGUUCUGAAGGUGGUUCCUUCAUCAUGUCCUAGUACAGUGGAGCUCAGAUUACUGUAUAAACCAAAGCAGGACACAGUCUGGAGAUCUGAAGCUGUGCUGAAGGAUCAACACACAGUUACUCUGACUGAUCUGAGAGAAGGAACUGUGUUUGAGAUCAAGUGUGCAGCAGUGGGGAAACUCAACUACACCGUAUACAGUGAUGUGAUCAGCGUCACCACAGAGAGAAAAAGCAAGAAUACUGGAACAACAGGAAUCAAAGUUGAAAAGAUAGAUAAUCUAUUUCACAGACUUCAUCUUGGAGACAGGCACCACAAUAAACUGAGUGCUGCUGAUGUUCUUCAGAUCACCAAACAUUCAUUACAGUCUCAAGAGUCUUGUGCCGAAGAGAAUCUGGUUCAGAUUUUCGUACAAAAGCUACUGAUGAUGGACUACAGAGCAAGAUACUUUAAAGCUAAAGAAAACAAUGAAAGAGACCACACUCGGCAACAAGACUAUGACCCAUCUAAAGAUGAGGGUGAUAUUUUUAUUGAAAUGUCUUUGUCUAGCGAUAGAAAAAGUCAUUAUGAACGAAUUCACCCGAUGGAUGUUCAGAUGGCUGUGUUUCAUUGUGCUGAUGGUUUCCUGAAGCAGAUGAUGGUGACUAAACUGUCCCAGUGUCAGUACGCUCUGCCUCUGCUUGUUCCUGAUCCAUUCACAAAACAGACUGAGUUUCCUCUCUGGACAUUCAGACAAAUCAGCAAGAGCUGGAAGACGAGAAACAACAACAACGAGACCAUCAGUAAAUCCCAACCAAUCUACAAGGCACAAACUCCAAUGGUGUUUUUCUUCAGGUUUGGCUCUGUGUCUUCAUCCAAGUCUCAGCUGAUGAACAGUCUGAUCAAUGAGAAACACAACACGUUCUUCCACAGGAACUGUCCAGGCAGCAGCAGAACCAGAGUCCUGAUGGAUGGAGUGGUGGAGAUCGCCUGGUUCUGCCCUUCUGGAACAAAUGAUGAUAAAUUCACUGACUGUGUUGCCUUCUGUAAUCUACACGGGGAUGCAGGAGACCAUGAGAAACAGCUGCAGAUCCUCACUGAAAUGGCUUCAGUAAAUGUUGUUCUUCUACCACGACUGGACAGGAAUGACAGAAACAUGAAACAACUUGAUGAACUCCAUAAGGGCUCAAAGCCACUCAUUUGUCUUUUUACUGAGGAUGAAACUGCUGUAACUGUGUUGAAGGAAAAAUAUCGGAUUGGUCUGAAAAACAGAAAUCAGUCAGAUGUUUCUGAAGAGCUCAGAAGAGCCAUAAAGAAUUGUCUCUCAGAAUCAUCUUCCACUUUCAGACUUUCAGACUUGUCCAAAAACUCAGACAUCAGAGUAGAUGAGGAAGAGGAUGAUGACUGCAGAAGAGGAAGAGAAGCAGCACAGCAGAUGAUGAGUUUACUGGAGAAGAAAGAUCUGACAGAAAUCAAAGAAACAUUUCUUCCUCAUCAGGGGAAACUGGGGCAUCAGUGGAGUCAGAAGAACAAAGAACUACAUCGACCUCAAAAAGAUGAGAUAGAAAUGGACAUCAGUAGAAAACACACAGAUUUGAAGAAAAUCCGUGAACAGCAGCAUGCAUCUGAUAUAAGUGAGUUUGUGAAGCUCUUCAUUAAAGAAAUGAACACAGGUGCUGAACAUGAAAUUAUAUUUUUUGUUAAAUGGAUUGGAAUCCUACUGGAUGAAUAUAUCUCAGCUGACCUUUCUGCUCUACAUCACAAGUAUAAUGAAAAGUGGUCAACAGUCUUAACAAUGAAUGAUAGCAAAAAUACAACUGUACAAAUUGAUCUGGAGCAAAUAUCUGAGGAUCUUCAGACUGCAGCCUUUGGUCUGGAGCACAUCAUUAGGGAGAUCGGUCAGAUCUAUGAAUCCUGUUCAUCAGUGAAGAAGAACAAGAAAGACCUGCAGGUUCACUUCUCUUCUCUCCCGAGUUUUGCAGCAGAGAUGAUGAUCUCUGGAUUUCCUCUGGAGCUGAUGGAUGGAGAUGCUGUUCAUGUUCCUGUGAUCUGGAUCUCUGCUGUUCUAGAUGAACUCGUCCAGAAACUGGGAGACCAGCGAGUCUUUGUGCUGUCAGUUUUAGGUAUUCAGAGCUCUGGGAAAUCCACCAUGCUGAAUGCCAUGUUUGGACUUGAGUUUGCCGUCAGUGCUGGAAGAUGCACCAGAGGAGCUUUCAUGCAGCUGGUCAGAGUCUCAGAAGAGAUGAAGACACAGAUGAGGAUUGACUACAUUCUGGUUGUUGAUACUGAGAGUCUUUGCGCUCCAGGACUGGCAGGAAGAUCAUCAAAACAUUACAGUGAAUUGGCCACAUUUGUUGUAGGUCUUGCAAAUCUGACCUUGAUCAACAUCUUUGGAGAAAACUCUUCUGAGAUGCAGGACAUUCUUCAGAUUAUUGUUCAGGCCUUCAUGAGGAUGAAGAAGGUCAGACUGAAUCCCAGCUGUGUGUUUGUGCAUCAGAACGUUUCAGACGUCACAGCUGGAGAGAAAAACAUGGAGGGAAGGAGACGACUGCAGGAGAAACUGGAUGAAAUGACAAAACUCACUGCUAAAGAGGAAGAAUUUGAUUCAGAUUGUUUCAGUCAUGUCACUAAAUUUGAUAUACAAAAUGAUGUGAAGUAUUUUGCUCAUUUCUGGGAGGGCAGACCACCAAUGGCACCACCAAACCCAAAGUACUGUGAUAAUAUUCAAGAACUGAAGGAAACUAUUGUGGAUUUUGCCUCAAAAUCACAUGGAAUGAGGCUGAUAGACUUAAAAGUUCGUAUUAAAGAUCUCUGGGAGGCUUUACAGAAGGAACAAUUUAUCUUCAGCUCCAGUUUCAAUGCUUUGGAGAUUGCAGCCUACAGGAUAUUGGAGCCUGAAUACAGCAAGUGGUCCUGGAGUCUUUGCCGUGCCAUGAUGGAAACUGAGAACAAACUACACAACCAAAUAGAAAAUCAAGUAAUUCAUGAGGUUAAGGAAACUGAUCUUAAAAGAGAACUGAAAAAGACAAAUGAAGAAGUGAAAAAAUCAAUGUCUGAGUUCUUUGAGAAAGUCAGAGAUAAAGAUAAACUGAUUCAGUGGAAAGCAUCAUUUGACCUCAGAAUUAAAGAACUUCAGGAAAACAUUGUGAGAGAAACAAAGAGAAAAUUAAAUGGGAUUCUUCAGCAGCGAGACCUGAAGAAGAAGAUCGAUGCCCAGAGGACACAUUAUGAAAAUAGUCUCUAUGAAAAGAGCAAACAACUUGCCUUAAAAUUUAAAGACAAAGCAAAUAAUGAGGAAAAACUGAAGAAAGAGUUUGAUUCAUUUUGGGAACAGAGACUGAAUAAGAUCAUCACAGAAAUUCCUCCAAUCAAAGACAUUGACAUAAUGACAGAUUUGAAACAAAUCCUCACUGGCAUCUACAAAAGUGCUCACCAUUACAGUGAAAGAUGUGAUAUUUUUACCGUGUUGACUUAUUCUGAAUAUGUUCUUUUCAGAAAGUCCUCAAAAAGAGUUAAAGAAACACAUGGAUUUACUCAAAUUCUGUCUCCAGCGGAUGAAGCCCAGAUCAGAUCAUUAGUCACAGAUGUUGUUCAGCAGACAGACAAAAUGAUUCAGUCAUUUAACAUUUCAAAGCUGGGCUACAACAUCAGCUGCGUUCAAAAACUCACAGGUUACAUCAAGACAAGAGUAACAGAACAUCAGACAGUACAAAUGAAAUAUGUGUUCAAGAUCAAUUUCUUCAUGGAUUUGGUUCUUUCGAUCUGUAAGAGAGCAAACAAGAAGAUCACUGACCAACACAGACUGUUCAGGGAAGCCAAUGAUCCUGUAAUGUAUGUUGAGAAGAAGAGAGAAGAAUACUAUAGUAUUUUCCAGAAAUACUGUCAAGGAGCAACAUCAUCUGCCAUUUUUGGUGAGAUCAUCUGUCAGAAACUGAAAGAGCCCAUUGAGCAGAGUGUCUACAAGAAGACUGCUAGAGAUCUGGCAGAUGAAAUGAGAUCAAACUGUGAAUCUCUGAAUGGAAGCAGAGCAAACUGGGAGAAAGACAUCCUAAAGACACUGGCAGAAGAGGAGGACUUUGACAAAUACAUGAACUACAUUCAUAAUCCCAGAGAUCACUUCAAGAGUUUCAUCAGAGAUAAAGUCAGUCGAUACAUCACUGAUCAGUUCAGUGACAGUGUUUUACCAAAGAUGAAGGAGAACAUUAAACUCCUGCAGAAGAAGAUAAUAAAAGCAGCUCAUGAAUCUACUGAACAUGUUCAAGAGAAGAGAGGAGAUGAAUCUACUGAACAUGUCAAAGUGAACAGUGGGGAUGUUAGUUUGUGGUUAAAGAGUUUCACACAGCAUCUCUCAGAUGAGCUGAUCUUCUCUGAAAAAGACCUCAGUGGAGUCAAACAUGAUGAUGUUGAUGUGAAACUUAUAGAAGAUGUGAUGGAGAAAGCACUUCCUGUUAUGUCUGAAAUCAGUGGGAACUUCAACACGAAGACAUUUCCAGUUAAGCUAGACUUUAAAUUCAGACCAGAUGAGCUUCUGAUUGAUCACUUCUGUUGGUGCUGUUGGGCACAGUGUCCAUUCUGCACCAACACUGUAGAAAACCCUGAUGGAGAUGGAACUAAAGGGUGGCAUUUCUCUCAAUCUCAGUAUCUCUGUGCUGUUAUUUGCACCGAAUUAGUGGCAUGUGAUCAGGAUUUCUAUGAACCAGAUGGAACAUUACCUUUGAGAGAACAUAGAAGAGCAGGAGGAGUUUAUGCAGACUGGAGCAUCACCCCUGACCUCUCUGAACUGCCCUACUGGAAGUGGUUUCUGUACAGAUUCCAGAAAGAUCUAGAAAAAUACUAUAAUAAAACAUUUGAUGGAUAUGGUAAGAUCCCAGAUGAAUGGAAAAAAUAUUCAAAACAAGAUGCUAUUGAGAGUUUGGGUCAGUGCAUAUAA